GAGGAAGAGGAAGAUGCCCCGGGAGCCCCAGGCAGACAAGGAGCUGAGCACGGAGCCCAGGGAGGACAAAUCCCCGCAGCAGAACGUGGUGGGAGAGGCCAUUUUGAGCGGCUCCACGGCGCAGGAAUCCAACGGGGAGGAAAAGCCCCGGAGAUCCCGCAGGAGGAGGGGCUGCAAACGCAGCCCAGGGUGCUCUGAGGAGGAAAGACCCACCCUGUGCCGGGAAGGCGGCCGGAGAUGCAGCCAGAGGUCAGAGCUGGUGGUUCAUGAGCAGCUUCACGAUGGGGAGAAGCCCCACAAGUGUGGGGAAUGUGGGAAGAGCUUCAGCCGCAGCUCUGACCUGAUCCGCCAUCGGCGCAUCCACACCGGGGAGAGGCCCUACGAGUGUUCCGAGUGUGGGAAGAGGUUUCACACCAGCUCCCAUCUCCUCCUGCACCAGCGGAUUCACACGGAUGUGAGGCCCUUCCUCUGCCCCGACUGCAGGAAGGGCUUCAACCAAAACUCCGCCCUCGUCAGGCACCGGCGCAUCCACACCAGGGAGAGGCCCUACGAGUGUCCCCAGUGUGGGAAGAGCUUCUCACAGAGCUCCUCCUUGAUCCGCCACCAGCGCAUCCACACCGGGGAGAGGCUCUACGAGUGUUCCGAGUGUGGGAAGAGGUUUCACACCAGCUCCCAUCUCCUCCGGCACCAGCGGAUUCACACGGAUGAGAGGCCCUUCCGCUGCCCCGACUGCAGGAAGGGCUUCAGGUACAACUCCCACCUCGUCAGGCACCGGCGCAUCCACACCGGGGAGAGGCCCUACAAGUGUCCCCAGUGUGGGAAGAGCUUCUCCAGCAGCUCUAACUUGAUCCAACACCAACGGAGGCACCGCUAAGGGAAGCCCUGCGAGUGCCCCAACUGUGGGAAGAGCUUUGUCCUCUGCUCCAACUCCAUCUCCCAUCAGAGGACCCACGUUGGGAAGAGCCCUGGUGACCCACAUUCCCUGUGAUCCAGGUUGGGAAGACCCCUGGCUGGUGCUCUCCACGUUCUCCUGGAUCCCCGUAGGCACCUGGGUGAACGCAGAGGCAGGAACAUCCAUUGGGACUCAGAUCAACAUUGGAGAUUCAUUGGGAAGAGCUGAUUUUUUACCUUUACACCCUAAAAUUUUCAUCUGCUCUCUCCAACUGUUUUUUCUGGUGGUAUCAAGCAACCCUGGAUGAUCUUGGAGAUCUUCUGCCGCCUAAGUAACUUCUGUGCUAAUCCCCCUGAAACAACCAA